AUGGCAAAGAUCGCGAGGCCCGACGAGGUUCUAGGGACCCUGAUCCAGUCAAUCAAAGCAAUCGUGUCGAACGAUGGGACGGAAGUCGUAGAGAGCUUCCUCAGCCAGAAGCAGGAGCUCGAGCGAAACAACGAAAAUCUCCGAAUCACCCUUGAGGAGACCGGCAAGAGUACUGCGCAGCUCUACGCCAGAAUAGACGCCAGCGAUAAGCUCGUCGAACAAAAGAAGGGUGAGCUGGAGCAGCUGGCCGCGGUCAAUGCAAAACUAGAAGCGGACCUCGCGGGCGCCGUCAAGACGGCCACGGCUGCGAAGACGCAACUUGCUGAGAAGGGGAGAUCGUGCGCCGAAGCGGAGACGCGGGUGAGGUCGAUGAACAAGACCAUCGAGGGAAUGAAGGGCAGUCUCGAGAAGGAGCGCGCCAAUACGGCAGCGGCCAAGACUCUGGAGGCGAAGGCCAAAGGAGAGCUGCAGGCCACGCAGGCGAAGCUCAACUCUGCCGCAGACAGCCUCAAACGCAUCGAACAAUACAUGGUUCCCCUUGUCGCCUUCAAUCAGAAGGAAGCUAUCACCAAGUUGCGGGCCAUUUUCGAGCUUGCUCGGUCCUUGGCGGUCGCACAUGUUGGCAUCGAUCUCGACGACGCCGUCCUGUCUGACCCGGAGAAAUGGGCUAGGUUGAAGACACAAGACGAGAAAAGAAACUUGAGCAUCCCACUGCCGCGGUCCAAUACUCCCGCGGCAAAGCUGAUGCGCGUUGCUUCGUUCCUCGCCGUCCUAUCCCGCCAGCUUGAGCUCUACAUGUUCCAGCCGACAUAUUUCGUGACGGAGGACAAUGAGCUCUCAGAUCUGAUUUUGUACAUGAAAGACAAAACAAAAGCGAAUCACCUGCGAUCUGUGCUUCUCCGUGCAUCGCCAGACGAGCAUGGAGAGGCGCAAGCACGACGAGUCGUCGACGGAGUGUACAAAUGCGUCGAACCACUGCUCCGUCAAAGAGACUCCCUAUCGUUCCGCGCCUCUCUGGAGAAAGUCUGCCGCGAGAUCAGCGAGAUGUGGGAGACGUUCCAGAGGUACACCCUCUUGGUUACGGCAGAUCUCGAAAUUCAUCCCGAGUCUCUAGACGACUGGAAGUCGUUCCCCAACACUGUCCCUCCUGCGAGCGAAACACAAAGGUCGCCAAAUCGACAGUCAGUCCAGCCUAGCGGCCCCAUCAGCGGGGAGAGCAUUGUCAUCUGGCCCACAUUCAUCGCGACACAGAAUGAUGGCGCUUGCGUUGUCGUUCUGAAAGGGACCGUGAUGACUGAGCACCAAAUGAAAGAUGCAAAGGUCGAGGAACAGAAGCAAAUGAACAAGGAGAUGCAAGGCUCGAAGAGACUUUACCGAGGAGGACGACCUCGGCUGGGAAGUAGAGCCCAAGAAAUGAAUGGCACCGGAUCCGAGAACGAGGCCCCUUUUUUAUCCGGAGGAGCUGGGGAUGGCUCACAAGACGCGUGA